CUCAGGGAAACGGAAAAUCCGGCCUUCGCGGAUCAAUGUCAAAUGAGUCCCUUUGGUUACUCUCCCACGGAGUCUGGCUUUAAUCAAUUUACUUCAGUUUCUUCGGCAUCGACCCACUCGUCAAAACGAAUCCAAAACGUUGGCCAAUCGCGCGAUGUCCCUUUCGCAACUGAGUGCAAAAACCCCCAAAUGAAACCAUCUCCACCGUCAAAUUCUCAAAUUAUAUCCUUUCAGAACUCAGAUCUAUCCACAAACAUGUCUCAGCGAUAUCCGGGCACCUAUGAGUUGCAAGAUGGGGAAGGUAUGAAUAUGAAGAGAAGUGGUGGUGAUACAUAUAGUAGAACAACUUUGCAUGCACAAGAACACACUAUUGCAGAGAGGAAGCGCCGGGAGAAGCUGAGCCAGCGCUUCAUUGCUCUUUCAGCCAUCAUUCCUGGCCUUACAAAGCUGGACAAGGCUUCUGUCCUUGGAGACACGAUAAAGUACUUGAAACAACUCGAGGAACGUGUGAAGAUCCUCGAGGAAGAGGCAACCACGAGAACCGUGGAAUCGGCGAUCUUCAUGAACAAGCCAUCACUCCAACGUGGUGAUGGCAUUGUCUCUUUUUCAUCCGAAGAGGAGUCGUAUGACCCAGUUAUCGAUCAGCAACUACCUGAGGUCGAAGCACGGGUGUCGGGGAAGAACGUUUUGAUCAAAGUCCAGUGCGAGAAGCGUGAGGGUUGCAUCAAGGAAGUGAUGAAACAAAUGGAGGACAUGAACUUGACAACUCUAAAUAUCAGCGUCCUAGCAUUUGGGAGUUCACUCUUGGAUGUCACAAUUGUGGCCCAGAUAGAAAAUGAGAAUUGCCCGACAAUUGAGGAGAUUGUCGAAAAACUAUGCCAUGCUCUGACGACAUUCAUCGGAUCAUCGUCAAGACGGUCAGCUUGUUAGGCAAUAAAUUGGUUUUCUGCGAUGGUCUGUCUUAAAGAUGUUCAUGAUUACGUGUUAGUGCAAGAGUAGUGGGUAAUUGUACUAUUAUGUGCAUUGUAUUUUCUUUCUUACUGUGGUAAUUAUCUGUUAUUGCAAGAUUCAACCAAGUGUUAGUGCAAGAAUUGUGGGCAAUUGUCACUCUUGCCCUCAUGGCUUUUUUCCUCUAUUGGUCUUGCUUCUAUUGCCCUUGUCACCUUUUUUGAACUGCUUGCAGGUAGUACGAGGUUAUCUUAUUUA